AUGGACACUGACGACCCGGCUUUUGGCGGGGCGGCGGGGGGGGUGGACGGCGAAGAGGUGUCGCCUGCCUCGUCCCUCGUGUCACCGACGAGCUCGAUCUUUGAGGGCGAAGACUCUGCGGAGGAGGAGGACGACGCCACGGGGGAGGCCGACGACGAUGCGAUGUUUGCGCGCGACCUCGACGCCGAGAUGGCGGCGCUCCUCUCGCAGCUGCAGCCUCAAGCCAAGGCCGCGAAAGAAGCCCCGAAGGCCCCGAAGCCUGCAGUGCUGCCUCCGAGGAAGAAGUUCCAAAUGCCUGCGUUCUUCACGAAAUCAGUCAAACGGCCGGUCCCCGUGCUUGCGAAGAAAGUCCCCGCGGGCGGCCUUGAAAGCCCCGCCCCGGCUUCUGAGUCAGCGACCCCCGAGGCCGACGCACCUGAGGGCGAGAGGGUGGAAGAGCCGGAGGCCUCGUUUCCGCCCCCCUUGCCUUCGCGUCCUGUGCCAGAGGAGGGCGAGACAGAGGAAGGCGAGGCAGAGGAGCAUGAGGAGGAUUCAAAACUCCAUUCGCCGAAGAAAAAGGGACGUCCCUUCGCGCUCCCGCCUGCGGCGAAGAGCAAGGCGGGACCGCCUGUAGAGGGAGAGGCCACGCUGAAGAAGCCCAGCCCUCUCCCAGCCAGAAAGCUGCCUGCGCCGGCGCCGCUGCCUCAGAAGGCGAGCAGGAAGAAGAACCCGCCGAUGCAGAAACUUUUUCCUGUUCCGCCGCUCCAGGGGUCCGGAAAGGUGCUGGAGAGGAGCAUGCAGAAGGGGGGCAGCCCGUUUCCUCUGCCUCCGCGUGUGAAGCCUCUGGAUGAAGGAAAAGCGGACGCGAAAAAGACUCCCUCAAAGGUGAUUUGGUUGCCUGAGGUGCCGGUUCUGCGCAAGAAGGAGGCGCCAGAGGCGAAGACUUUCCAGCGACCUCCUGCUGCGGGAGCGAAGGCAGCGCCGGAGAGCGAAGACGGACUCGCCCCGCACCCCGAGGCCGAAGGCCCAGCGGCUGCCGAGGCCCCGGCGCAGAGGAAAGUCCUGGAUGCGAAGAAACUGCCGUUUCCAGUCCUGAAGAGGCGCCUUGAGAAGAGGGAAGACGCGGGACCGGAAACGCUGAUUCUUUCAAAGAAAGAGAGCAAGGUCAGACUUCCCGCUGCGUCGUCGCCCGCGGGAGUGGUACUCCGACCUCCACAGAUUUCGCAGAAAAUCCAGGCGAAGCCGGUGAAGCAACUCGGGCCGCUGGCAGCGAAGCAGAGGCCCCCAAAGUCAAAGGCUCUCGCGCCUCACUUGCACCGAGCGGAAGCCCUCCCCGGAGAAGACUCGGUCGGUGAAGAAGUGGCUGAAGAUAUAGCGGAGUCAGAAGCCGAAGAUGCAGAGGAGCCAGAAGAUGAAGAUGCAGAAGAGCCAGAAGCUGAGGACGAUGGGGAACCCGAGGUCGACGAUUUGAAUGCGACCAGUGGAGGAGGGGCUACGGAAGAGACUUGGCACGAGAGGGCCGCGUCCCGCGCGUUCGAGCCCAUCCCUGUACAGACGGCGAAGGCUCACGCCAAGGUCGCUUUUGAAGAAGACGAAGACGUCAGGGAAAUCGGUCACGGAGAGCUCGAGGGCGACAUUCUGAUCGAAGAGAUCCUUCAAGAAGAAAUCGGCGCCCACUCCGACAGCGACCUAGACCCUCUAGACCAUCGCUGGGGCAUGUUCCCCUCGGACGCGCGCUGGGCGCUGCAGCACCAGCAGCCGCGGUACCAGUACACCCAGCUCCUCUACCCGCCAGGAGGCCCGACUUACGUGCCGUGUUCGCCCCAUGGCAUCUUCGCGGGCGUCGCGGCGCCUCCGUACCGGACGCUCUAUCGCCGGCCGAAGAACUACGUCGUCGGCGUGACCUACACGCGGCGGCAUCAGCUGCCGACUGUCUCGAGGCUGCUCAAGACGCCCGCGCCAGAGUUCCUCCGCAAGCGCCCGAACCCGCGCGAGAAGCCAAUCGCCUCCCCCCAAGAUCUGGUAGUGGACGGCGCGCUCCACUUCGAGGUCGACCUGCUGAAAAAGCGAGUGGGAAGGAGGAAACCCCGGAGCGGAGAAGACGCCGCUCCUCCGCAGCCGGGGGGCCACGCCCGCGCCGCACACACUCGACAGGCGGGCGCCCACGGGGCUCUCUGGUGA